UCAUCUCCAUGGCCUCUUCUUCUUCUCCUACCAGGGUUUUGUUCUUCUUGGCUUUGGCCGGGCUCGUCGGUGUUGCGACUGGUAGCGUUGGGUUGGGCGCGAGGUUGGUGGCUAAGGAGAAUCGUGCUUGGGUUUCGGAGAAUGGGACGUUUGCUUUCGGGCUUUCUCCGGUGGAGUCCGACGACCGGUAUCAGUUGGGGAUUUGGUUUGGGCAGCUUCCGGGAGAUAGAACCAUGGUUUGGUCUGCUAGCAGAAACUCCCCCGUCGGGAAAGAUGCAGUACUGGAGCUCGACAGCACAGGAAACCUUCUCCUGCUCGACGGAGAUGCAACAGUUUGGUCGUCAAACACCUCCGGCGAAGGUGUUGAGACGGCAUACAUGUCUGAAUCCGGCAACUUCAUCUUGUACAAUGGCACCAACUUCCCUUUAUGGCAGAGCUUUUCUCACCCUUCAGAUACUCUCCUCCCAAACCAACCUCUCACAGCUUCAAUGCAGCUCACAUCCUCCUCACCUGCGCAUGGUGGUUACUACACUCUCCAGAUGCUGCAGCAGCCCACUUCCCUCAGCCUUGGACUCAUCUACAACUUGCCCGACUCUUACAUCACCUCGUUGCAGUCUUAUGCCAACUACUCCUACUGGUCUGGACCCGAUAUAUCAAACGUAACAGGCGAUGUAGUCGCGGUUUUGGACGAGGCGGGGAGCUUUGGGAUCAUGUAUGGGUCGUCAUCUGAUGGGGCGGUUUAUGUUUACAAAAGUGAUACUGAUGAGAAAGGGCUGUCUUCGUCUGUGAAUCAGACAGUUAGGCCAUUAGUUCUUCGAAGAUUGAUACUCGAGAUGAAUGGGAAUUUGAGGCUGUAUCGUUGGGACGAUGAUGUGAACGGCACUCGCCAAUGGGUGCCUGAAUGGGCUGCAGUUUCUAACCCAUGUGAUAUUGCUGGGGUUUGCGGAAAUGGGGUGUGUAACUUGGACAGAAGCAAGACUAAUGCCUCCUGUACAUGCCUGCCGGGGGCUUCUAAGGUGGGAGACAGCGGCCAGUGCUCAGAGAAUUCGUCGGUGUCAGCUGGGAAAUGUGAUAAUAAUCAUCGGAAUUCAACUGCUUCCAAGCUGAAGAUGUCGAUAGUACAGCAAACUAACUACUAUUACCCUGAAUCUUCGAUUAUAGCAAAUUAUAGUAGCAUGUCCCCAUUAUCAAAGUGUGGGGAUGCUUGUUUAUCAGACUGUGAUUGUGUUGCUUCCGUGUAUGGGCUGAGUGAGGAAAAGCCUUACUGUUGGCUGCUGAACAGCUUGGAGUUCGGUGGAUUCGAGGACACGAGUUCGACCUUGUUUGUGAAGGUUGGUCCUAAUGGGUCACCUGAAGGCAACGCAACAGGAUCUGGGGAUUCAUCUGAUGGCCUCCGGGACAAGGUCUUGGUUCUUCCAAUUGUUCUCAGCAUGAUUGUCCUUGUAGCACUCCUCUGCUUGUUGUUAUAUCACACUGUGUACAGAAGGAGGGCCUUGAAGAGAUCCCUGGAAAGCUCCUUGAUUGUGUCCGGUGCUCCAAUGAAUUUCAGUUACCGCGAUUUGCAGUCCAGAACCGGCAAUUUUUCGCAGUUGCUCGGCACAGGAGGGUUUGGGAGUGUAUACAAGGGAAGCCUUUCAGAUGGGACAUUGGUUGCAGUGAAGAAGCUUGACAAGGUUUUGCCUCAUGGGGAGAAGGAAUUCAUAACUGAAGUGAACACCAUUGGCUCUAUGCAUCACAUGAACCUGGUUCGCCUAUGUGGCUACUGCUCGGAAGGCUCUCACCGGCUUCUGGUUUAUGAGUUCAUGAAAAAUGGUUCCUUGGACAAGUGGAUAUUCCCCUCAAAGCAUUGCCGGGACAGACUGCUAGAUUGGGGAACUCGUUUCCAUAUAGCCAUUGCUACUGCACAAGGGAUUGCUUAUUUUCAUGAGCAGUGCAGGAAUCGGAUAAUCCACUGCGAUAUCAAGCCUGAAAACAUACUUCUAGAUGAGAAUUUCUGUCCAAAAGUUUCAGACUUUGGACUAGCAAAGCUGAUGGGCAGAGAGCAUUCACAUGUUGUCACUAUGGUGAGAGGAACUAGGGGCUAUCUGGCUCCAGAAUGGGUUAGCAACCGGCCUAUUACUGUAAAAGCCGAUGUCUACAGUUACGGAAUGCUUCUCCUGGAGAUCGUUGGUGGCCGGAGAAACCUUGACAUGACCUUUGAUGCAGAAGACUUCUUCUAUCCUGGGUGGGCUUUUAAGGAAAUGAGUAAUGGGACGACAAGAAAAGUUGCAGACAGGCGACUGGAAGGGGCAGUGGAGGAAGAGGAGCUAGAAAGAGCAUUGAAAACUGGCUUUUGGUGCAUUCAAGAUGAGGUUUUCAUGAGGCCUUCAAUGGGGGAAGUGGUGAAGAUGUUGGAAGGAUCACUUGAAAUCAACACACCGCCAAUGCCACAGACAGUUCUGGAGCUCAUGGAGGAGGGCUUAGACAAUGUAUACAGAGCCAUGAAGAGAGAGUUCAACCAGUCCAGCUUCUUCACCAUCAAUAAUAGUACCCAUCCUUCAUCAAGGGCUACAUGUAGUUAUUCCACAAUGUCACCUAGAUAGCAAAGGAGAAAUGGAACAAAUUUUGUUGUUGUCCCGGAAUUUUAUCACCUUGAUAGAUACUGUCCAGAAACAUAAUUCUUAUUGAUCAAUUGUUACCA